CCACCUUCAGUAGACGAACGGACGUUAUAGCGCAGCAAGCUCUCUCCUCUAGUGCCUCCAAAAGAAACCAUAAUGUCUCUCCUCCAGAGUUUCGCGAGUGGUCAGCCAGUCUCUGAGUCUGGCGUCAAGUGCUGCAAUUGUGGCGGCGUGAGGCGGCCCUGGGACAUGUUCCUCCCCAUCACACACAGAGGAAGUUUCUUCCAAGACUCCUUCUUCUCCAACUUGCACCAGCACUUCCAUGCCACCGUCAGGGACAUCCUCAACAGGUGGUGCGACUCUGACCUCAAGCUCACCGACCCCUGGGACGACGUCAAUGCCCGCCACACUGACAUCCUCGAUCGCUACCGACAGCUUCGCUCCCGCAACCUGAAGGAGGAGAAUCAAGCCGUUGCCGUCACGUCGGACGACACCAGCCGGAAGGUGGUAAUGGACGUGCAUGACUUCAUGGGUGGAGACGUGAAGGUGAAAGUGGUGGGCGAGAAGGACCUCGUGGUGGAGGGAAGUGUGGAGAAGAAAGAGGGAGGCUCCUCAGUGGCCUCGCACUCCUUCAGACGCCGCUUCUCCUUGCCUCGUCUCACUGACUUGUCAGCCAUUGACUCUGUCAUGUCAUCUGAUGGCAUCCUCACCAUUACAUCGCCGAAAAUAUGCGUCCUUGUUUCACAGGAGAGCGAAGCGCAGCACAAGACCACCAUCAUCCCCAUUCAGAUGGAGGAAACUCAAGAUAAGAAGGUCAGUGAAGGGACUUCGUCAGAGUCCUUUAAAUGUGAACAGUGUAGCCAAACGCAGACCUCUGUCAAUGGAGGCAAACAGGGAGUAAGUGUUCCCAUCAAGAACUACGACCAACCUUCGGAGGCCAACAAAUCACAGCCCAAACAGACUCAGAUAACGCAAGAAUCUGUUCCGUCAUCGUCAUCCUCCAGACUGAUUCCCAUUGAAAUCGAGGCAAAUGAGGCCAAUGUUAACGCAAGCGCAAAUACAGCUCGCUUGAGUCAGACGCCGUCAUCGGACUUCCAGUUGAAAUCCUCAGAGAACGACAAGAUGUUCCACAUGGAUCCGUUCCCUGGACACUUCUUCCCCAUCACAAGGCGAGGGCUCUUCUUCAGCGACUCCUUCUUCCAAGACUCGUGGAACGACUUCCAGAAGGCCGUGAGGGAGGUGUUGGCGAGGUGGGGAGACCAGUCAUCGCUGCUCGACGACCUCACCAGUUACAGGAACCUUCGAAGUCGCGAUCUCCGAGAAGAUACUCAGGCUGUCACGUCCUCGGAGGACGAACAUCAGCACAAGUUUGUAAUUGAUGUCCACGAUUUCAUGGACGGCGGAGAGAUCAACGUGAAAGCUGUCAACGACCGAGAACUGGUCGUUUCAGGCCACACGGACAAGAAGGAGGGCGGCGCCAAGUCCAGCAAGCGGUUCCUGCGACGCUUCGUUGUUCCUGGAGACAUUCAGCUUGAUGCCGUUACUUCGGUCAUGUCUUCCGAUGGCGUGCUCACUGUUUCUGCUCCGAAGAAGCACUCGACACUCCAAAUAGAGGAGGUCUUUUCGCCCAUAAGCAUCGACGGAAGUGAGAAGAAGCUGACCAGCCCAGGCGCGACCAAAGACAACUCCCACGCUGCACUUCAGAAUAGCCAAGGAAGUCCUAUGGCACCUUGGACCAAGUCGCCAGGAGCCACGGCGGCUCCAACUUGCCAACAGACAUCCACAAAUCAAACUUCAAAUCCUCUAAACAAAGAAGACCCAUACGUCCUCGUGACUGCAGUUCCCGCGAGAGUCGAAGCGGUGCCCGAUUCAGCAGAGACCCCAAAGCCCUCUUCCUCCUCAGCUCCUUCGAAAAGCGCGUCUGUGAAGCCCAAAGCCUUCGACAGAAAGGGGAGGGAAGGCAGCGAAGAAGAGGAGAAGGUCGACUAUAAAGCGGCGCUCAAGCCAAGAACCGCAGGAGGGAAAUUCCCGAUCAAGAUCAGCGGGACGGUGAUCGGCAGUGACUCAGCUAAAGAAGAAUGAGAGAAAAUGGAUAAUUGGAAUGAAUGUGAGGUCGCACAUGCAGAAUUAUGUAGUCGUGAACUCUUAUUAUUACUGUUUGUAUGUUAUUCACGUUCGCACAUGCAGAAUUAUAUAGUUAUAAGCUUUU